GACAUCGAUGCAGGUGACCUGCAGCUCUUCCUGGCGAAGAAAGACGAGGGCCGCGGCGCGUGGCUGCCAGACGACGACCAAGCUGCGCUGGAUCUGGAGGACGGAAAGAUUCAUGAGGACAUUCAAGCGUUGAUCGAUGGAGAGAAGAUGAAGGCGACGAAGACUUUGCAGCACUGGUUGUUCGAGAAGAACGAGAUGCCUCCACCCUCUACCGAUCAGAUCCACGUGCUGGUGGUGGUUCCGGAGCAAGAACACGCACAAACUGGAUUGUGGCUUGUCACUGGAUCCGUUGACAACGCGCUGAACACGAAAGGGAUUCGCUGCAAACUGUACUGGAUGGCGACGUUACGCAUUGGAUACUACGAUCCUACGCGCUGCAUCGGCAACAAGAAUGUCGCGUUUUGGUAUGAAGACAAGAAAUUGUGUUUUCAUGUUUUAUUCGAGACAAAAGAUGCUGCUUUGCUGUUCGAAACUGACUUAAGGACUGGGCCACAAACGCUGGGCUCUCCGUUAACUAACCAGGUUGUUGAGACGCGUGUUGCACCAGCUAACGCUGUGUCUACUGAUCUCCAGCGCGUCUUCUACUGCGACUACGUUCCAGACGAUUCGGAAUCUCCUCAAAACACAGUUUCAUCGAUAUCGUUGACUACAAGCGUUUCGAAUCUGGACUCAUCGACUGACGAGUUUCGUUUUCAGCGGAUUGAGGACGAGAAGUUCUUCCUACCGUACGGCAAGGCAGAAAGCUGCCAUUUGGUGUCGAGAAAGCAAAGCAGAGACCACAAACGGGAAUUCGCCAAGUACGAUCGCGACUCAAACAACAGGCUUGCGCUUUCUCGCGAUAUGCAUGGUUGGUUCGACGGUAUGAGCAUUGAGGUUCCCAUCGUCAACAUGCUACCCGGAUCUGUUGAAGAGAAUCAAUCCAUUGGCAACAGACGCAAGGUCGAGGUCUUCGUGAAGGUUCUGGAUGCUCAGUGCACAGAUCGCGUUUUCAGUCGUUUGAAAGGAGGAUCAACCACGACGGACGAUCCGCUCAUGAUGAAGACGUUUGUUCACGUGGAGGAUCCAGAAACAUUUUGUUUGUGCAUGAGGUGGAAGCACGACGAUAAUGCGGAGCGUUGGAGAAGCUUUUGGGAUAUGACUCCUGCGGUCGAUUGAAUGGAAUAAUGUGGCUCCCGAGUUAAAUACUUCGAAGUAGUAUUUGAUUUCUUGACAUACUUUGAUCCUGAUAAAUAUAAAGUUACUAAUAUACAAAGAUGGCGUA